GCGCGGCGGCGGCGGCGUUUCCUGCCGGGGGAUGUCGGGGCCGGGCGGCCCGGGCCCCGGCGGGGGGAAGCUGGACAUUAACCGUGCCGGCGUGGCCGAGCUCGAGGGCGCGCUCAGCGGCAUCGGCCGCCGCCGCGCCCGCGGCAUCGUGCGCAAGAGAGAGGAAUUGAAGGGCUUCAACUCCCUCGACGAUCUUCUUCAUGUCAAAGGCAUUACCACCCGCAUCUUGGAGCUGAACAGUCAGCGGAUGACUUGCAGAAGAAGGCCAAGCAGUGAGGAAGCUGCUAGGGUGAGCCUUGAUCUGCAGGGGGACAGUUCCAAAGUUCCUGUGCCCCAGGUGCUGGCUGAAGAGGAGGAGGAUGAGGAGGAUGUAUCAGCCCCCUGGGAGCCAGAGCGCUCUGGAAAAGGGAGCCCAGGGUCAGGACCAGAGGCUGAUGGCUCCCUUGAGCAAGGGGCACAGGAGUCAGUCAGCUCCAGAGCCCGCGGGGAAGAGGAGGAGGAGGAGGAGGAGGAGGAGGAGGAGGGGAGCUGCUACAGUGAAGAAGGGGAGGAUAGCAGCGAUGUCUACUUCUAUUACACCAUUGGCGAGCGCUGGAUAGACUACCUGCAGCGGACAGAAGAGGGUGGACUCCUCCGCCAUGUACGGCCCAAGAUGAAGCGAAAGUCAGAGAACGGCCUGGAUGGCAGGGCCCUCUCCCCUGGCAAGAAGCUAUGCAAAGGCUCUGAGUACAGCAGGACCCUGGGUCCCUGCAUGCCCAGUCCUACCACCACCUUCGGGGACCUGCGCAACGCUAAACCAGGCCAGGCCCGGCGCCGUCGCAUCCCCUCUGUGGCCCCCCCACCCGAGCUGCAGGACUGGCUUCGCACCUUCCAGCGGUGGAGUGGCCCAGAGAAGCUGCUUGCUCUGGAUGAGCUCAUUGAUCGCUGUGAGCCCUCCCAAAUCAAGUACAUGAUGCAGGUCAUUGAGCCACAGUUCCAGAGAGACUUCAUUUCCCUGCUGCCCAAAGAGCUGGCACUCUAUGUCCUCUCAUUCCUGGAGCCUCGGGAUUUGCUCCGUGCUGCCCAGACCUGCCGCUAUUGGAGAGUCUUGGCUGAAGAUAACCUGCUUUGGAGAGAGAAAUGCCGUGAAGAAGGUAUAGAAGAGCCCUUGAACCUGCGGAAGCGGCGCCUGCUGAGCCCUGGCUUUAUGUACAGCCCCUGGAAAUUUGCAUUCAUGCGGCAGCACAAAAUUGACAUGAAUUGGCGCAGCGGGGAGCUCAAAGCCCCCAAGGUGCUGAAGGGACAUGAUGACCAUGUCAUUACCUGCCUGCAGUUCUGUGGCAACCGGAUAGUCAGUGGCUCAGAUGACAAUACGCUCAAAGUAUGGUCAGCUGUCACUGGAGAGUGUGUGCAGACACUGGUUGGCCACACAGGGGGUGUCUGGUCCUCCCAGAUGAGGGACAGCAUUGUCAUCAGCGGUUCUACAGACCGGACGCUCAAAGUGUGGAAUGCAGACACAGGCGAAUGUGUGCACACACUGUAUGGGCAUACAUCCACAGUGCGCUGCAUGCAUUUGCAUGGGAACAGGGUUGUGAGUGGCUCACGGGACGCCACGCUGCGCCUCUGGGACAUCGAGACUGGGCAAUGUCUGCAUGUGCUGAUGGGCCACGUGGCUGCUGUGCGCUGUGUGCAGUAUGAUGGGCACAAGGUGGUGAGCGGUGCAUAUGACUACACAGUGAAAGUGUGGGACCCUGAGAGUGAGAGCUGCACUCAUACGCUGCAGGGACACACAAACCGCGUCUAUUCCCUGCAGUUUGAUGGGACACACAUUGUGAGUGGCUCUCUGGACACAUCAAUUCGAGUGUGGGAUGUAGAGAGUGGAAAUUGCCUACACACUCUAAUGGGACAUCAGUCACUCACUAGUGGCAUGGAGCUACGUGACAACAUCCUGGUAUCUGGCAACGCUGACUCCACAGUCAAGAUCUGGGACAUCAAGACGGGCCAGUGCCUGCAAACGCUGCAGGGGCCCAGCAAGCACCAGAGUGCCGUGACCUGCCUACAGUUCAGCUCUAAAUUUGUGGUAACCAGCUCAGAUGAUGGUACCGUCAAGCUCUGGGACCUCAAGACGGGCGAGUUUGUGCGCAACCUGGUUGCAUUAGAAAGUGGGGGCAGUGGGGGUGUAGUGUGGCGCAUCCGUGCCUCCAACACCAAGCUUGUGUGUGCGGUGGGCAGCCGCAAUGGCACAGAGGAGACCAAGCUGCUGGUGCUGGACUUUGAUGUGGACCUGAAAUGAACCUGGCCAGUCCAGGCUGGGAUGGAUGAUCCUGCGGGCUGGGCAUAGCAGCUGGUCUUGGUGGGGCUGGCCCCGGAGCAAGCACUAGCCCCCCGCGGGCUGUAAAUACUGUAUGCAGCUGUCUGGGCCUUAUUUAUAUAUGUGUGAACUCCCUGUGGGGAGCCUGCGCCCGGCUAGGGCACUGUACAGAGGAAGCAGCAUGUUUUAUACACACUAAUAUAUCAAUUUAUUUCUGUAA